CCUGCUCCUGCGAGCUUCGUGUGUCCUUCGUCUGCAGCCUCUUUUCCCCUGCAAAGGAGCCGUGCAUUCCCUGCCUCAAAGGAGAAAUUGGCAGCCAAGGCAGGAGACUGUUUCGAGUCCUGGUGGGAGCAGAGAUGGAGAAGAGCGUGAAGAUGGAAGAGCAAAGCUUUGCAGGCCCUGAACCAGAAAACGUCUCCUGCAACAUCCAGGAAGGGAGCCAUGCAGAGCCCUGGGAAGGAAGAGUGCAGCAGGACCAGCCUGGGAGCAACGCCUGCUCAGACGUAGAGUGCCAGAGCUUCAGGAGGUUCCGCUACCAGGAGGCCAUGGGGCCCCGAGGGGUUUGCAGCCGUCUCCACCACCUUUGCUGCCAGUGGCUGAAGCCAGAAAAGCACACGAAAGCUCAGAUGCUGGACCUGGUGGUCCUGGAGAAGUUCCUGGCUGUCCUGCCCACGGAGAUGGAGAGCUGGGUCAGAGAGUGUGGAGCGGAGACCAGUUCCCAGGCGGUGGCUCUGGCAGAAGGCUUCCUCCUGAGUCAGGCAGAGGACAAAGACCAGGUCCAGGGGAUGUUGGCCAGAGCACCCACAGAUUUCCCUGAGGCAGGGAAGGCUCCACCGGGCAUCACACAGAGGCCGCUGGAUGGGCGGAUCUUGCAGGAGGGGGACGGAGGACCCUCCUCCCGGGGGAGCAAAACAACCGGCAGGGGAAGUGAACUGAUCCUGGGGGGUCCUUUUGGGCCUCGUUCGCUUGGCGGUGGAGUGGAAGCGGUUUCUGCACAGCCUGGGCAGGAUCCGGUGACCUAUGAGGAGGUGGCCGUGCAUUUCUCGGAGGAGGAGUGGGCUCUGCUGGAUCCAGGCCAGAGGACUCUGCACAAAGAAGUCAUGGAGGAGAAUCGUGGGAUCCUGGCCUAUCUGGGUAAGGAAUGGGAUUCCUCUGGGUAAGGCUCCCUCUCUGCCUUCCUGCCAGAUCCUGGAAGGUGGAAUUUCAGCUCUUCGUUCUUUGUGUCAGUGCAGAAUACAAAUGUCAUUGACUCCG